GCGGCCGCCAUUACAGAGAGCCGAGCUCCGGGGCUAGGGCGAGCGGAGGAGGCGGCACAGCGGCGGUCCGAGCACUGCGGAGAGAGGCAGCGGGGCCAGCGUCAGCGCCCAGCAGCCGUCAGGGCCCACAGAAAUACCCCGGGAACCGGCGGCGGCGUGUGCGUGUGGCCCGUGUGCGGGCGGCGGCGCGGGAGCAGCGCGGAGCGGCAGCCGGUUCAGGCGGUCGCAUCAUGGACGAGAAGGUGUUCACCAAGGAGCUGGACCAGUGGAUCGAGCAGCUGAACGAAUGCAAGCAGCUGACCGAGUCCCAGGUCAAGAGCCUCUGCGAGAAGGCUAAAGAAAUCCUGACAAAAGAAUCCAACGUUCAAGAGGUUCGAUGUCCAGUCACUGUCUGUGGAGAUGUGCAUGGGCAAUUUCAUGAUCUCAUGGAACUGUUUAGAAUUGGUGGCAAAUCACCAGACACAAAUUACUUGUUUAUGGGAGAUUAUGUUGACAGAGGAUAUUACUCAGUUGAAACAGUUACACUGCUUGUAGCUCUUAAGGUUCGUUACCGUGAACGCAUCACCAUUCUUCGAGGGAAUCAUGAGAGCAGACAAAUCACACAAGUUUAUGGUUUCUAUGAUGAAUGUUUAAGAAAAUAUGGAAAUGCAAAUGUUUGGAAAUAUUUUACAGAUCUUUUUGACUAUCUUCCUCUCACUGCUUUGGUGGAUGGGCAGAUCUUCUGUCUACAUGGGGGCCUCUCGCCAUCCAUAGAUACACUGGAUCACAUAAGAGCACUUGAUCGCCUACAAGAAGUUCCCCAUGAGGGUCCAAUGUGUGACUUACUGUGGUCAGAUCCGGAUGAUCGUGGUGGUUGGGGUAUAUCUCCUCGAGGAGCUGGUUACACCUUCGGACAAGAUAUUUCUGAGACAUUUAAUCAUGCCAAUGGCCUCACAUUGGUGUCCAGAGCUCAUCAGCUGGUGAUGGAGGGAUAUAACUGGUGCCAUGACCGGAAUGUAGUAACAAUUUUCAGUGCUCCAAACUAUUGUUAUCGUUGUGGUAACCAAGCUGCAAUCAUGGAACUUGAUGACACUCUAAAAUAUUCUUUCCUGCAGUUUGAUCCAGCACCUCGUAGAGGCGAGCCCCACGUUACUCGUCGUACCCCAGACUACUUCCUGUAAUGAAAUUUUACACUUGUACAGUAUUGCCAUGAACCAUAUAUUGACCUAAUGGAAAUGGGAAGAGCAACAGUAACUCCAAAGUGUCAGAAAAUAGUUAACAUUCAAAAAACUUGUUUUCACACGGACCAAAAGAUGUGCCAUAUAAAAAUACAAAGCUUCUUGUCAUCAACUGCCGUGACCACUUUAGAAUGAACCAGUCAGUCCAUUGCAUGCUGAAGCGACAUUGUUGGUCAAGAAACCAGUUUCUGGCAUAGUGCUAUUUGUAGUUACUUUUGCUUUCUCUGAGAGACUGCAGAUAAGAUGUAAACAUAACACCUCGUGAAUACAAUUUAACUUCCAUUUAGCUAUAGCUUUACUCAGCAUGACUGUAGAUAAGAAUAGCAGCAAACAAUCAUUGGAGCUUAAUAAACAUUUUUAAAAAUAAGUACCAAGGCCCCUACCCCCCCAACUUGUGAGUUUUGAAAUUGUUUUGUUUAUUUUCAGGGAUACUGUUUAAUUUAAAUGUCUGAUUUGUCUGCACUCAGUUUAUUCCCUUUUCAAAUCUCAGCCCCAUGUUGUUCUUUGUUAUUGUCAGAACCUGGUGAGUUGUUUUGAACAGCUGUUUUCCCCCUCCUGUAAGACAAUGUUACUGCACAAGAGCACUGCAGUGUUUUUCAUAAUAAACUUGUGAACUAAGAA